CUCUCUCAUCCCCUCCCCUUCUCUCUCACUCAGGCAUACAUACACUUUCAUGCGGAGACGGGAGGACUAUUAUUUUUUUUGUCCAGGUCGUUUUAAUCCGUUCUAGAGAAGCGUUUAUCAUGCUAGUUUACUAACAAAAGUUGAAGCCUGUCAUUUUAUUUAAGUCGUCACUUGACUGCGUAUAUAUUUUUUUCCAAUACGUGCUCUCAGAAGGAUAUAUAGUCGCAUUCAGCGUGAAAACAGAAGGAAGCUCUUAAUACGCAAGACUGGAUUUGUGUUUCGAGGCUUUAGUCGCCUAAGGCUCUUUCGCACCUGCCAGCAAAAUGUCUGCCCCAGAUGCCAAUGCAAGCCCUGGAGCCCCAGGAGCCCCAGAGGGUGAGGGAGGUCCACCCGCCGCACCUCCCAACCUCACCAGCAACCGUCGUCUCCAACAGACACAGGCCCAAGUGGAUGAGGUGGUUGAUAUCAUGCGUGUGAAUGUGGACAAGGUCCUGGAAAGAGAUCAGAAGCUAUCAGAACUGGACGACCGGGCGGACGCGCUGCAGGCCGGAGCAUCGCAGUUUGAGAGCAGCGCUGCUAAACUGAAAAACAAGUACUGGUGGAAGAAUGUUAAGAUGAUGAUCAUGAUGGGAAUUAUUGGGGUCAUCUUGAUGGGCAUCGUUUUCAUGUACUUCUACUACUGAGCCUCUCAUGGGACGCACAAGGACAGGAGACUCUGGCUUUGUGUGAACUCCACCCCUCCUUUUCUCCCCACCAAUGCCUUUCAUUGAAUCCACAGUGUGUGUGUGUGUGCAGUCAUUGACGCAGUGCCUCUCCCUCCCUUUGUCUGUCACUGCAUUUCUUUGUACCUCUCUUGAGUGCUUUGCAACAGUGCCCGAGCUUACUCAAAAACUCCUUCAGUUAGAAAUAUCUACUUAUGGUUUUAGAUUGAAGAUUGCGUUGAAACGUUCAGGCCAAAAAAAAAAAAAAAAAAAAAAAAAAAAAAAAAAAAAAAACAGGUGAUGCAAUAAUAUAAAUUUGUUGCGCUGGUCCAAAUGAACCCAUGAAUAAGAGGGAAAACGAAAUGCAAAGUUAAGGUUGAGUUUAAAUCAUGCAUUUAUGCAUAGAAGCCAAAGUGUGCUAGUUUACCCUGAAACAACAGCUGUGGUUCCUCUCAUUAGGAUAUUAACAAAGCGCAACUGCAAUGAGAAAAAAAAAUACAAGAAGUAAAAAUUAUAUUUUUAAAAUUGUUUAACCCUCCUCCAUGUAUAGAUUCCCAGCAGCAACUUGUUUUCACUUCUUAAUAUGGACCUUUAAAAACCUGAAUGAUUUUAGAGAGGUAAAGACCACCUGUGUCACAAUGUAAUUUUUAUAUUUAAUUUAAAGGUUUAAAGACUAUGAGAAAAAUUGUUGUGUUUAAGAGUCUGCAGUUGACAUAAGGGGAAUAUCUGAUCACAAAUCGCUGUUUGACUUUUAUGUCUGUGAUGUUAAUGUCAGCCAAAAGAUCAGUUGAGUCUGGAGGAAAAAACAGGGAUGAAAAAAUGUAACAAUGUUAGGAUGUGAUCUAAAAUUACAGCAGUGACCACAAUAUAAAAUGAUUUUUUAUAUUUAUAUAUUCAAGAUAAUUGUGACAAAUGCAAUUCAUUUAGCUUUGUUUAUUACUAAAUUAAAUGUUACCAUUCGAAAAAAAUGGGUGAAAUCAAAGGCGAAAUUCUGAUCCUGAUCAUAUUAACCCCUUGCACCUCCUGACUUGACUGGCACCAUGUUGUCUUUGGGUUGAAUGAACUAUUACUGAUAUGCAAACUGAAAGAGAAAUGAUAAUGUGACUAGUUUCAUGUAUUUGUAAAUAUUUGGAAGUCAGUGUGGAAGCAGAUACUCAAUCAGCACUGGAGAUGACAAUGUUCAGGGAUGUACCUCUGCAUGUGUUUGUGUUAAAUAUACAUGGGCACUUUAACCACCUUCAUUAGUGAUUGUAAAGACAUAUUUUGGGUAUUAAGGACAUAUUGUCCAACGCCUAAAACUAUCAUAAUUGAUGUGGAAUUUAAUGCAAGAUCAUCAUGUGUGAAUAAUAUCCCUUACAUUACAUUCAGCAUUAACCCCAAAACGCAAACCUGAAGCAGGGCAGUGAAUGUGUUUCCUUUAAAAAAAAAAAAAAAAAUGCAAAUCCUGAGUACAUUGUGUUUUAUGCAACCUAUUCAUUUGUAAAUAAGCGCUGCAGAGAUGCAUAAAAUAGCAGUUCCUGUCCCUGAGCAUUUGGAGCCAAGCUGCUAACUCGUGGUUCAUUUUAAAGCAUGUCUGCUUGCCCACCAUGUGCUGAUUCUAAUAAAGUGCUGAUGCUGUUA